CUGGAUGAUGCGGAUUUAACAAAAAAUGCAUUUAUUACAUAUGAAUCUAGAAAUAUAUCAACACACAGUUCUUCCUCAUCUAAUAAACCAUAUUAUGAUGUUGGCUCGAAAUCACAUUACACCCCUGGCCUGUGUGGUUUAUCGAAUUUGGGUAAGACUUGCUUCAUGAAUUCGGCUUUACAAUGUCUAUCGAAUGUUCCACCGUUAACAGCAUAUUUUCUUGGUCAAUAUGAAGAUCAUAUCAAUCGUGAUAAUCCAUUAGGUAUGAAAGGUGAUGUUGCUAUAGCAUAUGGUAAAUUAUUACAUGAACUGUGGUCAGGUAAUAC